UUUAUCCAAGUGACCUGAGAAAAUUUGAUAAGGAAAAGUGAUAAGCAAAUUUUCGAAAAAACACAAAUUUAAUUUUUCUCAUUCAAAUUCCGAUAAAUUCUUUUCAGAAUCGUUACUCUAACUCAAAUCAUGCCAAGAUGUCAAAAUCCGAGGUGAAAAUCUAUCACGGAGCAGUUGUCUGCAAAGAAACGAAAAUUCGCGGAGAUGUGACCAUAGGAUCGAUGACCAUAGUCCAUCCUUGCGCUACAAUAAUCGCCGAAUCCGGUCCCAUCGUCAUAGGAGAUGGUAACAUAAUCGAAGAGCAAGUCCUCAUAAUAAACAAUGCCAAAAACAGCAGCGGAGAUGAUCCUCCUACGUUAGUCAUCGGUAACAAUAACGUAUUUGAAGUAGGCUGUAAAGUGGAAUCGGCUAGUGUAGGUGAUAAUAAUGUACUCGAAUGUAAAAGUUACAUUGGACCGAUGGUAAAUUUAGGAGUAGGCUGCGUUAUAGGAGCUGGUUGUCGAUUAACUAUCCCCGAACAAGUCCCAGAUUAUACUUUAGUUUAUGGUGAAAAAUGCACUCGUAAAAUGCUAUCUGAUAAACCUCCUAAUCAAAAUCUCCAACGAGAUUUUCUCACUAAAAUGCUACCAAAUUAUCAUCACUUGAAAAGGUCUCGAAGUACAGCUGUUCCAACUGAACAACAAGCGCCUCAAGAAUGAUUUUUCUAUUGCUUUUUGCUUUCACUGUUAUUUAUUUUUUUGUACUCAAUAUAUCCAGUAUUUUUCUUUA